AUGUUAUCCACAAACAAAUUGUAAAGCGUUUUCCCAAUUGGUUACGUAAAGGCGUUUCCAUACGAAUAAAAAUAUUAUUACUCAGAUCAUGCGGGGGUUCCCCAUACAUGUGACUGAUAAGUUAGUACACACAGCAAAUACUCGUGACUGGCUCAAAUGUACCCGUGUUAACAUCUGUCUCUGUGGUACCUUUCUGUCGGGUUACAGUCCAUAUAGCGAGAGCUGAGAAGGGAUUUAUUGAACAUAUAUAACCGCCAUGUCAGAAGCAACAGAGAAUGAUCCUCGUUCUGACCCACCUGCAGUAGUUCACGUUUCCCGCCAAGUGUCGCUUGACUUACGUUACCUUCGGGACACGGGAUGACUGAGAAAGAACUUGUUUUUCUGAGACUUAUAGGAGUAAAUAUCGGAAUAAAAAAUCGUCUUAGUCUUUAGAGCUUGUCAAUCGCGAAAAGAGAACCCCUAAAAAUGUCACAUUCUACAUUAAGGAUCGGUAAGGUAGAACUUUUGUUGGAGGAGGAGGAUGAAGAAGGAAGACAGCGGCUGCAUGCCAACCACUUGGUAAGGAAGCAGCUCACCAAGGAGGACAUAGAGAACAUCUUGACAAAAAUCAUUGCAAAAACAGAGGAACCUGGAUUUGACAUUGGCGUCCUAUGGCUAAAUAGUAAUGGAUUGGAAGCACUACCCGACGACCCCGCCAGGGGACGUGACUUCAGUAAACUGGAGAAUCUCAUCCAGUUAGCUCUAUGGGAUAACAAAUUCGCCGUCUUUCCAGAGGUUCUGGUUAAGCUGAGGAGGUUAGAACGUUUGAAUAUUUCCCAAAAUGUAAUUGAACGUAUCCCGCCAAGCAUCAAGGAGAUGAGCGCCAGUUUGAAAGAGCUGUGGCUAGGCGGAAACAGGAUACAAAACGUCCCAGAAGACCUUUGCUAUUUGGCCAAUCUCGAGAUCCUUUACCUUGGACACCGGCAAUACAAAGACGGCGGAAACAACAUCAGUGAUCUUCCAAAGAACUUCGGCCAGCUGAAGAAGCUGCACACUCUAUAUCUGUAUGCCAAUAAGUUCACGAAGUUGCCGGAAGUGAUAUUUCAGCUUCCUAGCCUCCGAGACUUGGACGCUGGAAAGAACAGAAUCCGACAUCUGCCUGAAGAGAUGCACCAUCUGAAGAAACUCACCAUGUUGAAAGUUGACGACAACUUGUUGACAGAGCUUCCAAACGCUCUAUGCCGACUCAACAAUUUGUUCAAACUGGACAUACGAGGAAACCGUAUCACAAUCCUACCUUUAGAGUUUGGCAAACUGACACAGCUGAAGAUAUUUGAUAUCAAGAGGAACCCUCUCGUCCAGCCGCCACUGGAUGUCUGUCUGCAAGGUGUCGGGAGAAUCAAGACCUACCAAGAAGAGCUGGCAAAGUCAGAGCCAGUUUCCACCGUGCACCGGAAAGUUGUGCUGCUCGGAGAAUCCUUCGCUGGAAAGACAAGCCUGAAGAAUGCUCUCCAAACGGACGAAUCCCAUCUGACUGAGGAGAAGGAUCGCACACAGUGUAUGAACAUAGACUCGUGGUGUUCUGAGAUAGACGGCGAAAGUCUAGAGAUCCGGGCGUGUGACUUCGGAGGCCACGAUGUGUACAGACUGACCCACCAGUUUUUCCUGAGCGAAGGAUCUCUUCACCUGUUGGUGGUAAAUCUCAAAACCUACCGCAGGCAAAAGAGUGCGUUCAACAAAGCGGUGAAGUUCUGGUUGGAGAGUGUCGACUCUCGCGUCGUCAAUGCAGUCGUUUAUCUAGUAGGCACCCACGCUGAUAGGCUAACAGCAAAACAGAUAGAAGAGAAGACACGGGACAUCAAGGCUCGUGUGGCGACGUUCAUCGAAGAAAGAAGGAAGCACAUGCACCUGCAGAUUGAGGAGGUAGAAAAGCAGAUUGACAAAGCAAGAGAGGAGGUGGAGAACACUGGGAGCGGGCAUGCCAACCGGAAACUCGAACAACUACAGCGAAAGGCAGAAAGGCUACAGUGUAAAUUGGAGAGUGGCCUGAGGCUCGUAAAGGAUGGUGAGAUAGCAGUAGUCAGCUCAAAUAAAGACCUGACCGGCAUCAGCGACUUAAAAGCAGACGUGUUCAAAAUCUCGGUCGACAAGGACAUGUUCCCCAGCGCUCACUGUAUCCUGCCCAGAUCAUGGAUCAACAUGGAGAAGUUGCUCAGGUCAGAAGGGGAGAAGUCCACAAAUAUCACCCUCUCGUGGGAGGAGUGUGUGCACCUCGGGUCCAAGCUUGAUCUAGAUUCGACUGGUCUGGAAGCUGUGAUGGAGUACCUUCAUAAAACCGGCUCCGUCCUACACUACAAGGGCGACAUCCUCCGGAACGUUGUGUUCCCUGACCCUACUCAGCUGAUCACCCUGCUCAAGCUGAUUUUUGACCACGAUCGAGACCGCCUCCUUGGCGCCUUAAGACAGAACUCGCAAAUGUCCGCGGAGGAUUUUGGUCUCGUGGAGAAGAAUUUCAUCUGCCGUGCAAUUCUGCCGAAGGACGUCCUUCACAAGCAUUUCAGUAAGAACAGAAGAACGUCAGAUGACUUCGAGACCACCAUUAAGGUGCUAGAGACAUUCGGCAUCACUCAUGUCGUGCCACCAAUGCCCAGGGGCACCCCUGGAACCGCCUUUCUAACGCCGGGGGACACGUAUUACAGGUUCCCUUGGUUCUUGCCGAAGUCGCAGGGCACGCCUUCGUACGUGAAGCAAUGUUGGCCGUCACGAGUGCCGAACGGAAUGGAACAGAUCGGUGUAGAGUUCAGAAUCGACGGGAAGGAACCCACGGGUCUGUUUGAAAGACUGUGUGCGCAGCUGCCUCCUCAACUGUGCCCAGGAAACGACUGGUCAGACGGCGCCCUGUCUUACAUGGGAGAACAGCCGGUCUUGGUCCGUCGAAAAACGGUGGAAGGCGGCGUGAAGAUCAUGAUAUCAGGACGCGUACGCGCGGAGUCGGACAGGGUUGACGACAUGUGGCUGUACGCCAUCAUACCAAUGGUAGAGAAAACAAAGCUCCUGCUAAAGGAAUGGUCUCGGUCUUGUUGGACGUGCAGCAUCCCAUGCCCGCAUUGUACCAAAGCGGGUCUCAAGGUUCUCGGCUACUUCAGAGGCGACCUGCUUUGGGAGGAGAGACCCGACAAGCCAGCGAAGUUACCGUGUCCGAGACCACGACAUCACUCCGGCAGAGCCGCUCCUACUCUGAUGGCCAAACUGGUUUACCCUCCAAAAGCAGUUCCAACUGUUGCGCCAACGGACGUAGUCGUCAAGCCGGCAUCAUCGACAGAGGUGGAGGUGAGCGUUGGAGGCAUCCCUGUCCACCUGAGGCCAGGAGUCAUCCUCGGCUACAUCGUGAAGUACAAGGGAGACGGGAGAGAGGCAAAGGAGGUACCAAUGAAGGACGGGCAGCACACGGUGACGCUGAGAGGCCUGAGCAAGUCGACUAAGUACACGGUGACGGUGGCUGGGUUCACCGCGGGCGGCGUGGGCAAAGAGAGCGACCCAAUCGACAUCUUCACCAUGGAAGAUGUUCCCGACGCACCACCAGUAGAUGUGACUGCAUUCGCACGCUCUACCCGCGAGAUUAAGGUCUUCUGGAAAGAACCACCGAAAGACCAGUGCAACGGCGCAAUCCGCGGCUACAAUGUGCGGUACCGAGGGAAGAACGACACCGGAGCGUACAGCCUGGUGUUUACAGAAAACACCCACGCCGUGCUACAGAACCUCGAGCUGGCCAAAGAGUACAGCAUCGCAGUUCAAGCACUCACCUCCAUCGGGGAGGGGCCCUUCAGCCAUCAACCAGUCGCGAAGAGGACUCUUCUAGAUGACCCGAAAGACGGUGUGAUGGAAGACGUCACGGAUAUGUUGGUGGAUAAACUACUGGUGGAAGACAUCCGGCGGCUGGCCGUCAAGUUAGGCCUCACAGAGGUGCAGUACGAAGAGGUGUGCUACUCCUGCGAUCGGGAUGCGAGGGAAAUCAAGUACCAAAUGCUUAGGAAAUGGAAGCAGGUCACAGGAAGCAACGCCACGGUACAGUCUCUGUGCAUAGCUCUAGAGGCACUCGAUGCAAAGGUGUCUACAUCUGCCGAACAUUGCCGAACUGUUGCGGAACAUGACGGAACACUCGCCGAACACUGCCGAAAGGGUAUCGGUCAGCCCUGGCACGAAGGCGGUUACUAUAUUAGCUUAGCCAAGCAGAUAAUGGAUUCUGUUGAAAGCAAAAGCUCAGAGCGUCCAAACAAUGAACCUAGUGAUCUGAGCUAAAACGCGCUCAUCCGCCGCAGUGACGUUUAGAGAACACUAACAGUAAACAUGUAAACGUAUAAACGAAGCAUUGAGAGAAGUUUUCGAAAGGACUGGAGCGGCCGAAAAGGGAACGUGGGAAACUGGUCGCCGACGUACGGACAAAGGACAGGAAGAAACCAAGAAUGGAGAAACAAAAAUACUCCAGAUUUUUUAAAAGAUGAUAUGUUUCGUGAGAUGCUAUUUCAACAAGAACUGCAAAUAGAUGACCGAGCAAUAUUAAAGUGCACUUGUUCCCCUUCAUGCAAAAGUUGCAAUAGAUAUGUCAUAUGAUAAUAUAUUGAGUCACAAUCAAAGUAAUAUUUGACCACUUGCACA